AUGUCGACGACGACGAUUCAUCUGUCGCCGGAUGUGCUCAAUUCCAUCGUGGAAACAUGGCAGAAUAUGGUUGCGUCGAGCUACACGAGCGCGGCUGGGCUGACCGCCAAUCUAUACGACCUUUUGCUGACGCUCUCGGAGGAGAAGGAGCUUAUUUGGAACAGGAAGAUGUCUCCUGUCAGCGUCUUGUAUCUCAUCAACCGUUACCUGUCGCUUCCGAUUCUUCUCAUGUACAACUAUCACAUUUCUCUUCUAAGAGGCAAAGUGUCCGACAACUUGUACGCCUGUCGAGCUAAUAUCAUCGCCUACGCGAUUACGUGGGGCAUGUGCCUUGCCAUCUCCACUUGGCUUCUUUCCCUUCGCGUUAUCAGUCUCUGGCAUCGUAAUAAAUGGGUCGUUUGGUCGCUCUAUAUCGCCUUUGGUGCCUGCCAUAUAUCGGAAUGGGUGAUUACGGGGUACUCACUGUAUUACAUGUAUCCGAGUAUUUCCUACUUUGGAGGGGUCAAAGUCUGUGGAGCCAAUUCUGUUGAAUUGAUCGGAGCAGCAUACUUUACCGUCAUCGGUCUCGAAGUCUACGUCCUCGUUCUACAACUUACCCAUCAUUACCUCAAUACACGAGCACAAAGACGCCAUAAUAUGCCAACAUUUACUCUCAUCCGGACCCUCUAUAAUGAUGGCUACAUAUAUUUCAUCAUAGCGGUCUCCUUUAGGCUGUUGACAUGUUUAGUGUGGGUAUUCGGACCCGGAUCAUUGUGGUAUCUUACCAACGAGAUUGAGUUUGCAAUGACCGUCUCCCUCGCCUCUCGCUUCCAUCUUCACCUUAAACGGGUGGCUUCAGGCCCAGCACAAACCCAGAAUGAAUACCCUAUGGUCACUGGGGACCGACUUACACAUCCAGAUGAUUUCUACGGGCGUGCACCCAACUUAUCGACUUAUAAUACGACCGCCGCGUUGGAGAGCGGGUUUGCGCAUGCCCAUAGUUCUCUUCCUCCGCACAAUCCUCAAUCCCGAGACUCGAUUGUACGGCCAAAGGAUGAGGUGGAUAGAGUGCCUGCAAUACAUCCGUUCCAGGAUCCUGACUCUACAGUGCCUCUUGGGAGAGAGAGUAUGAGCUGGCUUGGACUUGCAAGAACCCGGUCGAGUAAAGAUAUCGUCACUGCGAAUGAAGAAAGGCGCGAGGAUGUACGCGUUGUUUCAGCGUCUGCACCUCAGAGGUUCUCGAUUCUCUAUGACAAGGAAGUGGACCAAUUGGAGCUGAACAAACGCCGACAGCGGGUGGGAGACUUGGACAAGCGAAUGAUAGUGGCGGUAGUGUAA